CUUCCGGCCACUGGCUUCAGGAGAGGCUUUGAAGAGGAGCUGGCGCGGCAUUUCUGUGUGCUGUGCUUUCGUUGCUGCUACAGACAGCUGAGCAGAGAGCAUGGGUGAACUGGGAAAUCACAACAUGAGUGCAGUGACCUAUGAUGAUGUGCAUAUUGAGUUCACUUGGGAAGAAUGGACUUUAAUGGAUCCCUCUCAGAAGAAUCUCUACAAAGAUGUGAUGCUGGAGACCUACAGGAACCUCACCACUAUAGGAUACAGUUGGAAAGACCGUCAUGUUGAAGGAUACUAUCAAAGUUCUGGAAGAAAUGAAAGGCAUGAAAGAAGUCAAACUGGAGAGAAACCUUCUGGAUAUACUCAAUGUGUUAAAGCCUUUGCAUAUGACACCCAUCUUCAAAGACACGAAAUAAUUCAUACUGGAGAGAAACCCUAUGAAUGUAAUCAGUGUGGCAAAGCCUUUGCAUUCCCCAGUUUUCUAAAAAAGCAUGAAAGAACACACACUGGAGAGAAACCCUAUGGAUGUACUCGUUGUGGUAAAGCCUUUACAAGCCGCAGUGAUCUGCAAAAGCAUGACAGAACACAUACUGGAGAGAAACCCUAUGAAUGUAUUCAGUGUGGUAAAUCCUUUGCACAAAAAGGUACUCUGAAAAAGCAUGAAAGGAUACAUACUGGAGGGAAACCCUAUGAAUGUAUUCAUUUUGGCAUAGCCUUUGCAGACCCCAGUCAUCUACAAAGGCAUUUAAGGACACAUACUGGAGAGAAAUCCUAUGAAUGUCAUCACUGCAGUAAAGUCUUUGCACGUUACAGUAAUCUACGAAAGCAUAAAAGGAUACAUACUGGAGUGAAACCACAUGAAUGUAAUCAGUGUGGUAAAGCCUUUGUUCGGCGAACUCAUCUUCAAAGGCAUGAAAGGACACACACUGGAGUGAAACCCUAUGAAUGUCAUCACUGUGGUAAAGCCUUUGCAUGCCACAGUAAUAUGCAAAGGCAUGAAAGGACACAUACUGGAGUGAAACCCUAUGCAUGUGGUCACUGUGGUAAAGCCUUUACAUGCCCCAGUAGUCUACAAAUCCAUGAAAGGAUACAUACUGGAGUGAAACCCUAUGCAUGUGAUCACUGUGGUAAAGCCUUUGCAUGCCACAGUGAUCUGCAGAAGCAUGAAAGAACACACACUGGAGAGAAACCCUAUGAAUGUAAACAGUGUGGUAAAGUCUUUACACGUAUCAGUAGUCUUCGAAAUCAUGUUAAAAAACCACCCUGCAGAGAAACUAUAUAAAUGUAGUCAGAAUGGUAAAGUUUUUACUUUAUACAUGAGUAAAAGUUUUUUUGUGUGAAAUCAAUCUGUUAAUGCCUUUGCAGAAAUCCUAUGUCCUUGGAUAUCUGGGAAUGUCUUCGAUGGAAUGCUUUUGCUAAACACUGACUCUGCAAUUGCAUAAUAACACUGGGAAAGAAGGACCUGAUAGUAGGAGAUGGGCAUCACACAUGUUUAAGGGAUGUAAUCAGCUAACUAGGACUUGGCAAUGGAGAACAGGUUUCACACAUAGCUAAGGAGUAUAAUCAGUGAACUCAAAAGGCAUAGGAGAAGUUGUGCCCAGUAAAUGAUCAGAUAGCAUUGAACUGUAAAUCCCAAAAUUUGUUACAGAAAGGUAUAAGUUACUAGGAUUUACAGCAAGAAAUGGCCACUUUUAUUCAUAAGACUAUAAAACCAAAUAUGACCUUUGUAUUGGUUUAAAUCAUUGACACAAAGCCCCUCCCUCUGCUUGGCUUGUCUCAAGAAACAAUGGCUAUUUAACUACUGUGUGAUCUUGGGACUUGUAGCAAAAAAGAUUUUUAGUCUCACAUAUUUGUCUUGGCAUGGACUUUGGUAUGUUGAUAUGAAGAUAAAGUUAUUUUGUUAUGCUGUAUGUCUGAUUUUGCUCUUGUUUAAAACAAUUUUUGUGUACUGCUACAAAUGUAAGGUCAUUUUUGCUACAAUACAUUAUAUAUAUGUUUCUACUCUGUUUAAAGAAUUUUUGUAUAUUGAUACCAAUUUAAGGUUAUUUUUAUCACAAUGUUGCGUAUAUGUUUCUGCUCUUGUUUAAGGCAUUGUACCAAGACAGUCCAUUUAAAAAUGUUAGGUAAAGUUCUAAUUUUUGAAAGCUACUAUUAUGAAAUACUAUAAUCUGAAAACACAUUACUGUUUAGUCAUUUAUAAUAAUCAAAUUUAUAGAUAUACUAGGUAUAUUUAUAAGAUAAUAUGGAUACAUAUUUUAGAUAGAUGGUCUUGAAAGAUUUCAAAGACCUUCAUAAUACAGCACUUAAAAGGCUUUGUUAACUGGGGGAUUUUCAUGAAAAUGAGACAUCUGCUCCUGGCAGCACCAAUUUACUUCAGAGAUGAUAGACAAUGAAGAAACUCCUCAUGGAAUUUGCUGUCAUUGUGGCAAGUUUAGUCCCUGGACAAAGAAACUAUUCUUGCCUUUGAGCGAUGACAAUGUGCACUACAAAUUGAACAUGCAGGACCCAGAGUCUGACUACAAGAAGGUUCUUCUCUGCCUGCUUUCAAUUUCGUUUUCUGUUAGUUUAUUGUACACUAAAUUUAAUUUCAAAUUUUAUUCAUGUGUCUCUGGGCAUGCAUGCCUGUGUGUGUGUGUGUGUGUGUGUGCGCGCGCGCGCGCGCGCGCGUGCGUGAGCGUGUGCGUAUGCACGUGUGUGCACAUGCUUUGGCUAGUGACCUCACCAAGAUGGAAGCAAACUAGAAAGAAAGGAGGAAAGAAACAUGGAUUUGCAGACCAAGAGAAAGGAAAAGAAAAAAAAAAGAGAACAUGCCUGGUGUUUGUGGCACAGACCUUCAAUCCCAGCAGCACUGGGGAGGCACAGGCAGGUAGAUCUCUGUAAGUUUGAAGCCAGCCUAGUCUACAGAGCAAGUUCCAGGACAGAGUCUAAAGCUACAGAGAAACCCCCGUCUCUAAAACCAAAAUAAUAAUAAAAAGCUCAUGUAAUUAUUUUAUGUAUGCAUGCGCUGUAUGCACGUACACCAUUUCACCAGAAGAGGGGCACCAGACCCCACCAUGUGUUUUCUGGAAAAUCUAGAAAUUCCACCUCCCUGGGCCCAAUUCUUUAAAGUUUUUCCUGGGCCAGUGCAUUGGUGGAAGAGUGGGCACCUGCAGCAUGAGGUGGAAACAGGAUGCAUCCAAACUCUGUGUGCCUGCAAUGGAGCUCCAUGCCAUUAAAGUCCCUUUUAUUUAUUACAAAAAGGAAAGAGGAAAAAGAAAGACAGAAAGACAGACUCACUUUGCCAUCAGUAUCUGGCAUUCUUCUUGUGCUGCCCCAAGUCCCAACGACCACCAGAACUCGCUUUGUUCUGUCUAUGCACCUACUGCUAGACUAGCUGAGCUUUCCAACCCAACACCAGAAGCUUCAUCCCAUGCCCAGGCCAAGUUCCCAUAGCUUUUAUUCAUUUCUUUUUGCUGUUUUCCUUCAUUAAUGACAGGUUAAUUAUUUUAAUUAUUUUUGAUUGUGUAGGGGGCCAAAGGAUUUGGAUUUUUGGGAGUGGGCAGAUAUAAUAGAUAAGUAAGUAAAUAUACAUAGAUAGAUAGAUAGAUAGAUAGAUACAUACAUACAAAGAUUUGAGAGGUAAAACUACUGGGCAGUAGUGAUGCAUGCAAUGGAGGAGUGUUCCCCUUUCACCAUAUCCUCUCCAGCAUAAAUUGUCAUUGGUGUUUUUGAAUUUAGCCAUUCUGACCUCAUUAACUACACAAAGAUCAUCUUUCUUUUUUAUGUGUUCUUGCAAAACAUGUUACUCGUGUUCUUUAUAAUCAUGCUAAGCAAUACUUAGUCUUAAGUAGUAUCAACCAAUAUGGAUGGGUGCUCUGAUUAGAAAAUGUUACAAUACUUGCAUUGAGGUUAACAUUCAGAAGUUAUUAAUUUAUUAAGUGAUGAAGCAAACAUAAUUACAUUGUUUCAAACUAAUUGUCAUGAAAACCACAUAAUAACCAUUCAUCAAUAGCUUUUUACUUUGUCAUUUGUGAAAUAAAUCUUUACUCUGGUUAAGUUUUCUCAGUUUCUUAUGGAAAGGCUUGCUAUACAGUGUGAAUCAGAAAUUGCACUUAAUGAACUAUUGUGAAAGUUCAUAGACUUUGUUUAUGUGGAUGCUUACAAAAUGAAGUUAACUUUUCUUAAAAAUCAAUGCACAUGUAUUCUAUAUGAGGAAUUGGGGAGUUUAUCAUUAAUUCAAAAAAGAAUAGGAAAAAAGAUGAAAACACAUUAGUUUUUAACAUUUCUUUUGAAUAUUGUAUCAAUUAAAUAGCAAGAAAGUAAUAUGUAA